CAGAAUGGCAAGUUCCCAGGGCACCAGCCUCCAAAUGGCUAUGGACCAGGAGCAGAAACAGGUUUUAACGGUGGCCUCGAGCUACAGAAAAUUGGUGUUGGUAAUGGGAAUGGUGUCCUGGGAGCCAGGGUCUUCCCCGAGGCCCACCCACAGCCAGGGUUCCCUGGGGCCAAAGGUUUUAGGAAUGGUGAGUCAGACCCAGGGGACAAAGUGCAGUGGGAUUGGGGAGACAACAGCCCAGGGGCUAGGCGGGAAUGACCAGAGUCUCUUGCAGGGGAUGGGGCAGAAGCUCUGGUGUACCCCAAAGCAGGAGCUCCAGCCCCUGAAGGAAAUGUGCCGGCCGGGGUGCUGUGGGACUCUCGCUGGCCCACCCUUCAGAUCUGGGGGUCUGGCUUGAAGCCUGGGUAUCAGGCUGGAGGUGAAUAUGCGGAGGC